UUGACUCAUCGUAUCGCGAGCGCGACAGCACCUUCUGAGAGAUAUACCUGUAGCGCCGACGGUUCUCUUCUGCCGAGCCAGCAUUCGCACGGAGGAGGAUCGCGCACAGCAGGGCCGCACUCAUGCUGAACCUGUACCCGAGGCUGGCGACGGGCGGCGCGCUGGCGGUGGACGACGACGAGCCGCACAUCUGCUACGCCAUCAUGGCGGCGCUCGUGUCGCUGCUGCUCUUCUGCGUGCUCCUCGCCGUCGUCAGCCCCGCCAGGGCCUGCGCCAUCACCAGCCUCAUCGUCCUCCUGUUCGGCCUCGUCGCCUUGCUCGCGCCCGCGCGCGGCACCGUCCUGGCGCACAGAAAUGGGAGCGGCCUCGGCCAGCGGCUGCCCGCGCCAACUGUACGGCUGGUGCGCCGGUGCACGUGCGGGCUGACGGACGCGGCGAUCGGCGCGCUGCCGACGUUCGCUUACGACAACAAGGGCGGCGAAGAGCCGCGCGCGAGCUGCCAGCUGCUGUGCGCGGUGUGCCUGGAGGACGUGCAGGGCGGCGAGAUGGUGCGGCAGCUACCGCCGUGCAGGCACCUAUUCCACGUGGACUGCAUCGACAUGUGGCUGCACACCCACCGGACGUGCCCGCUCUGCCGCUGCGAGCUCUCGCCGCGGAAGGUCGCCGCGAAAGCCGUUGCCGCGGCCGCCACGGGGUCAUCGGCCCAGGCGUUGCCACCGGUGUGAAACCGAUUCAUACUACUGCUGAUGUUGCUGUAGCGACAUUCCUUCCUUCCUUUCUGGGAAUUCGAAUCACCCACACGGCAAUUAAGCCAAUGUAGUAGAGAAAGAAGAUGGUUCAGGAUUGUUACCAUUUUCACGCCAGAUGCUUAGUACUGUUGGCGUACGUGCAGUUUAUUUGGUGUAUUCAGUGAGACAAGAAUGAAACGAUCUGGCAGAGAUUCUAUCA